GGUCACCAUCCUCUACGCCAGCCACUCGCCCGCCACGCGCCCGCCUCCAGAUGGACGCGCCCGUGUCCAUGGCUGAUGUGGUUGAGGUCCCCUCUUCACCCGUUGAUCCGCCGCAGGAAGUCCUUGCAAGGCCUGUUUCAGGCACAAAGGCACGAAAGAGACCAAAGGCGAAGGCCAAGGCAAAAUGCAAAGCUCGGCCCAAAGCCAAAGCCAAAGCUACGAAGGCUGCUCAGGCCAAAGCCUCUCGCGCGAAGCCGAAGCCGAAGCCUCGCCCCAGUCGUGCGGAGCCUCGCCAUGGCGCCCCUGGAGGUUUCCGGAAACGGAUUUCCCUGAAGGGCCGGCGUCCAAGUGCUGCGAAGCCUUCGCGGAAGACGGCUACGACUUGCACCUCUUCAGGCGACGUGAAUGACUGGGAAGGCGACAGCCUGCAGGGCUCUCCGAACCCUUCGGAGGUUGAACAACUGCUGGGUAAGUCGCGCAUAAGCUCAGACUUGCCACAGUGGAUCUCGCGACAGCUGCAUCUUGAGAAGAGCCACGUAGCGGGCGCCGUGCGGCUCUUCAACGAGGGAAGCACACUGCCCUUCAUCGCACGCUACCGGAAGGAGCAGACAGGCUCGAUGAAGGAAGAGGAUUUGCGGCGUGUGGAAAGAGAGAUGUCAAGGGUCAAAGACUUGGAGAAGAAGCGUGGGCGUGUGGCCCUCGCGUUGAAUCGUGGCAAGCACCUCAAUCCCAGCCUCGUGGAGAGUUUACUGCAAGCAGAGACCGUGGAGGAGAUCGAAGGGCUGUGGGCACCUUUCAAGGCAAAGCGUCAGACUCGCGCACAGAAGGCAAAGGAGCAGGGCUUGGAACCCUUGGCCAAGAUCCUGGAGGUCGCUGCCAAGGAGCCUGGAGGUGUGGAAGAGGAAGCGGCCGAAGCUGCCCAGCAGUUCGUGAGCCCGGAGGUCCCUGACGUCCAAAGCGCCCUGCGCGCCGCCCGCGACAUCCUGGCCGAGCAGCUGGCGCACCGAGCCGACCUGCGGCAGCUGGCGCGCCAGGCGCUGGAGUCCAAGGUGCUCUGCCGCGCACGGCGGAAGCCUGGGGCGGAUGAGGAGGAGCGCUUUAAGACCUACUGGAGCUACGAGGCGCCGCUGAAGCAGGUGAAACCUCACCAGUUCUUGGCCAUUCAACGUGGAGAAGCUUCCAAGUGCCUCACCAUGGACUUCCUGGUGGCUCCGGAGGAGGCCAAGCAGCUUUGCGAGACCCUGGUGGAGACCUUUCUGCAAAGCUCCGUGAAGGCAGCGCCCACCCCGCUGAGGGUUGGGACUUUGGCAGCAUCGUCAGCCCACCUGGCGCGGGCCAACCAGCGUCGUCCCAAUGCCUACCGUGCUCAGCUCUCCUUGGCCAUGACCGACUCCUGGCAGCGUUUGCUGCUGCCCUCGCUGCAGCGCGAGUGGCGAAGGCGCUUGAAGGAGCGUGCGGAAGAUGAAGCCUUCGACACGUUUCGGAAGAAUCUGAAGAAGAAGCUUAUGAGCCCUCCUUUGAGGCUCCAUCCCCGCUGGACGGAGGAGAACGCGGAGAUGCCAGCGGCGAUCAUCGGGAUGGAUCCGGGUUUCCGAACUGGCUGCAAAUGCGCCUUGAUCAGCCUCACUGGUCAAGUCCUCGCCACGAAGACCAUCUUUCCGCAUCCGCCCUCCAGUGCGGUCGCACCCGCCGAUCCACCCGCGGCACGGGCAGAUGUGGAGGAGCUACUGGCGCAAGGCUUAACGGCACCACGGCGCGAGGAGGAGGCUCCACAGAAGAAGCGGCGACUGGAGAAGGAGGUCCGGGAGCUGGUGAUUUGCAGCCUGGGGAAUGGCACAGCCAGUCGUGAGACCGAGUCCUGGUUACGGCGGCAGUUCGCCCAGCAUGAGGGCAUUGGAUAUGUGAUUGUAGAUGAGGCAGGCGCCUCAGUCUACAGCGCUUCUCCUUUGGCCUCAAAGGAAAUGCCUUCCAUGGAUGUCUCCAUGCGUGGUGCUGUCUCCAUUGCCCGGCGCUUGCUGGACCCCUUGGCGGAGCUGGUGAAGAUCGACCCGCGUUCCAUCGGCGUGGGUCUCUAUCAGCACGACGUGGAUCAGAAGCGUCUCGCCGAGGAGCUGCGGGGAGCCACGAUGGAUUCGGUGAACUCGGUCGGUGUGGAUCUGAACACCGCUUCCCCAUCGCUGCUCGAACAUGUGGCGGGUCUCAAUGCCUCCCUCUCCAGGAGUAUCCUCCAGUAUCGCGAGGAACAUGGUGGCUUCUCCGAUCGACAAGAGCUCUUGAAGAUUAAGGGUUUCGGCCCCAAAAGCUUUCAACAGUCCGCUGGCUUCCUACGGAUCUUCGGUGGCAAGGAGCCUUUGGAUGCGUUGCCCAUCCACCCCGAAAGCUAUGCUGUGGCCAAGUCCUUGCGCUCACGCGUCCAAGUCCUUGCCACCUCAGAGCUGGCGGCGGAGUUCGGGAUUGGCUUUGAAACCCUGAGCGAUAUUUGCUCAGCUUUGGAGAACGCCGCAGACGGGGAGUUGUUGGACCCGAGGCGACAGGAACCAUCGCUGCGGAUCAAAAUGCCAGGUAGCACUCUCCAGGCUGCCACCGCUGGCACAAGCUCGGCCAUCGAUGCACAAGAAGCUGGAAUCACUGCUGCUCAGCUUCAGUUGGGCCUCCGCUUGACGGGUGUGGUGCGGAACGUGGUCGCGUUUGGUGCCUUCAUUGACAUCGGGGUGGGCUGCGAUGGGCUGCUUCAUAUCUCGAACUACCCCAAAGCGGCGCUCUCCGUGAACGAUCAGGUGGAGGUCAGGGUCUUGUCUUUGGAGCGAAGACAGGAAAGAGGAAAAGAGAAAUGGCGAAUUGGCUUGACAAUGAAGUGAGGCUCUAUUUCACAGCUAGCCAAUGGGAACAUCCAGAAUCUUUCUCCAGCUGUACCCAGACAUGGGCAGGUGUUUCUUCUGUUUGCAAGACAUUCGGAGCAUGAUGUACUGUAUUUCAUUUGUCAAGACUCAACACCUUGAGCAUUGGCAAUGCGCUGAUUUGAUGACAACUGUGCCUGAUUUGUUAGUGUGCC